AUGGCUCAGUCUUGGGUGACGACAGCUGGAUUCCAACCCGAUGAGCUGGUUUGCAUUGCUAAGUACUCCGAGCGCGCUGAGCGUUAUGAUGAUAUGGCUGCAGCAAUGAAGCUGUACACGGAAGUGAUCGGCAAGGAUGGGAAAGAGCUUGGCAAUGAGGAGCGGAACCUUCUUUCUGUUGCGUACAAAAAUGUGGUUGGCGCGAGACGUUCCGCGUGGCGAAUCAUCUCUGGUAUGAUCAAGCCCGAUCUACCAGAGGAAAAACUGAAGUCGACGAAGGAGUACCGCGCUAGGAUGGUGGAAGAACUGAAUCAGAUUUGCAAGGAGGUCCUGCAUUGUCUUUUAAAGGAUCUCCUGAACAAAUACCUCACUCCCCACGCCUCCUCAGAUGAAAGCAAGGUCUUUUAUAAGAAGAUGGAAGGCGAUUACUAUCGUUACUUGUCGGAAGUCGCGGGGCCGGAGGACCGUGAUCGCGUUGUCGGUAGCUCCCUUGAGGCCUAUGAGAAAGCGAUGGAAAUUGCAAAGCAGCUGCAUCCAACUCACCCCAUUCGCCUCGGAUUGGCUUUGAACUUCUCCGUCUUCCACUAUGAGAUCAAAAACGCCCCAAGUGAGGCUUGCCGCCUCGCCCAGACAGCAUUCGAUGACGCUCUGGCCGAGUUGGAUUCGCUACAUGAAGAUUCCUACAAAGAUAGUACUUUAAUAAUGCAACUCCUCCGGGACAACCUGACGGUAUGUUGCUCUUCCAUCCAAUCAUUUACUGUUUACCAACAACCGAAGAAAGGACAAACAAUGUUGAGCGCCCUUCAAGGCGCGGUAAGCGCUAGCACAAUCGAGAUUCGCACAUCAGGCACGAAGUGUAAUACUGGGUCUGGUGUGAGGUUAAGUUACAAAAAUGUACAUUCAACGCCAUGUGCCACGCAUAAAAGUGCCAUAAAUACGCAGAGAACCCACGAUGGCAAGCAGACAAAGGCGAACGGGGGAGAGAUAGUCGGAUACCAAUACUUUCGUCAAAUUGGUAUCUCGCACUACAUAGGUGGAACGUUGCACCCCAAUGCUCAGCAUCUC